CGGAUUUGGGUGCGACGUGACGGGCGGUGGUUCGAAGGGCGGCGGAGAGGGCGGACGCGUUCCAGAGUGACUCCCACCUCUUCUGCAGCGGAAGAGUUGUUGCAAAUCUGGUUCUGCAAGCCUGGGACCCCAGUCCUUCCUCUGCGGACACACGCGACACUGUUUAGAAAAUGGGGCCUUCGAAACGCCUCGUUACCAUCAAAAGGAGCGGGGGCGACGGCCCCCACUUCCCCCUGAGCCUCAGCACCUGCUUGUUUGGAAGGGGUAUCGAAUGUGACAUCCGUAUCCAGCUUCCUGUUGUGUCAAAACAACAUUGCAAAAUUGAAACCAAUGAGCAGGAGGCAAUAUUAUAUAAUUUCAGCUCCACAAAUCCUACACAAGUAAACGGGUCUGCUAUUGAUAAGCCUGUACAACUAAAACAUGGAGAUGUAAUAACUAUCAUUGAUCGAUCUUUCAGGUAUGAAAAUGAAAGUUGCCAGAAUGGAAACAAGUCAACUGAAUUUCCAAGAAAAAUAGCAGAACAGGGACCAUCACGCCGUGUGUCAAGAUCUAGCUUCUCUUCUGACCCUGAUGGGGAAGACCAAGAUUCCAAAGCCCAUCCAAAAGUCACUGCAGGAAAUGUUUCAGGAAGGCCUCUGUUCCAUGUCAAGAGUGUCAGAAGAGACAGUUCUACCUCAGGUGGCUCAAAAGUCAAUGUUGCCCAGGAAACCUCUAAUGUUCAUUCCUCAGAACGUCCUGGACAUAAUGGCAGAAAUGCAAAUGAUCCCACUUCUGGGGACGUUAAAGAAAAGUCCAGGGUACAAUUAGUAAGCUGUUACGGAGAAUUGAAGUCUUUUUCCUCUACACAAUGUCUUGACAGUAGCAAAAAAAAUGAUUCUCCCUUUAGGAAGCUUUAUCAGUCAAUGAAGGAAGAGUUGAAGGUAAAAUCACAAAAAGAAAAUGUUCUACAAUAUCGUAGAAAAUCAAGAUCACAAACUAAUUACACAACAGAAAAAGAGAGUGCUAAUGGUUUACAGAGGGAGACCCAACUAUUGGUCUCAGGUCAACAGAGACAGAAAUCUGGCAGAAGCACCCCCAGUGAGGCAGCCCCUGCUUCCCUUGAACUAGGUCCUGGCCGGAGGGAGGGAAAAGGAAGUGACAUGGAGUCUGUUCCAACUUCCAAAGAGGCCGUGGGUUCCAGCAUUCCUCUCUCUGACACAACCAAAAUGAAGACCCCAAGACUAUAUUCACAACAACUAAGUUCUUCACAGAAACGUAAGAGUGAAGACCUGUAUGUUCUUAGUGGAAGAACAUCUGUGAAUCUGGGUAACAUUGAAGACUUCAAGGCAGAUGAUAAAACACUGACUCCUAGGAAGCUUUUAACUAGAAAUCAAACACCAACUAACGUUGAAGAUGCUGCCAACUCUGCUGAUAAACGAGGAAAUCUCUCUUCCAAAAACAGGAGGAGUAUUCCUACAAAUGCACAAGUUCUGCCUACAGAAACGGAAAUUCAGAAUGAGCCUUUUUUAACUCUAUGGCUCACUGAAGUUGAAAGGCAGAUUCAAAAGGAUUCUCUCUACAAGCUUAAGAAAUUGGACACUACAGCUGGACAGAUUUGCUCUGAUUUGCCUGGUCUUAGUUCAGUUGAUAUCAGCAACUUUGGUGAUUCCAUUAAUAAGAAUGAGGGAGGGCCUUUGAAAAGAAGGCGUGUGUCCUUUGGUGGUCAUCUAAGACCGGAAUUGUUUGAUGAAAACCUGCCUCCUAAUACACCUCUCAAAAAAGGAGAAACACCAACAAAAAGAAAGUCUCUGGUCUCUCACACCCCAACUGUCUUAAAGAAAAUCAUGAAGGAACAGCCUCAACCAUCAGGCAAAGAAGAGUUUGCUUCCGAAAUCCACGUGGAAAUGACAGCACAAAACAUGUUCGUGAGCUCUCCAGCUCCUAGUCCUACCACCACUCCGGUUCCCAGUGCGCAAAGCCGUAGGUCAUGCAGAGCAUCCUCUGCUUCGAGUGGCAGCAAAUCUCAGACAGAUAUUCCUAAGAGAGGAGGGAGAAAGAGUGGCAACCUGCCAUCAAAGAGAACGUCCAUCAGCCGAAGUCAGCACGAUAUUUUACAGAUGAUUUGUUCCAAAAGAAGGAGUGGUGCUUCUGAAGCCAAUUUAAUUGUUGCAAAAUCGUGGGCGGAUGUAGUGAAACUUGGUGCGAAACAAACACAAACUAAAGUUGUAAAACAUAGCCCUCAAAGGCCAAUGAACAAAAAACAAAGGAGACCCAACACUCCGAGGAAGCCUGUGGGUGAUGUUCACAAUCAGUUUAGUACUGGCCAUGCAAACUCUCCUUGCACCAUAGUAAUAGGGAAGGCUCAUGCUGAAAAGGUAAACGUGCCUGCUCGACCCUACAGAAUGCUGAGCACCUUUGUUUCCAACCAAAAAUUGGACUUUAAGGAAGAUCUUUCAGGACUAAGUGAAAUGUUCAAGACACCAGUGAAGGAGAAGUCACAAUUGAUGAGCUCUGGUCCUGUCACUCUUUCAAGUUCAGAGAAUUUGCUUGGAAAAAAGUUUCAAGUGACUAAUUCAGGAGAAAAACCUCUGUUACCCACUUCAGAGAGUUUUGGAGAAAAUGUGCUCUUCCAUACUUGGAAUGCAGCAAAAGAGCCUGAUACAAACUCUGCAAGCCCUGCCUUACAGCUGCAGUGUGUAAAAGAAAAUGAAACUCUAGUGAAAACUCCAAGGAACAUCUAUAAAGCGAAUCCUGUUGAGAUGAAAACUUCAGAUAAUGAGACAGAGCCUUCAAAGACAGUAUCCAGUGCAAACAGAUUAAGAGGGUCCAUGGAGCUCAGAAAUCUGCAGAAGCUGCCUAUAGAAAGUAAGAAUGAGGACACAAAAACUGACACUGUUGAGGACAUCAUGGACCAAUGUCUGAGCAGGCCACCACUACGAGAAAAGAAAAUAGAAGGAGAGAUGAAGGAAACUGAAAGACUUUUUGAAACAUGUAAGGAAAUUAUUGAGUCAAAAGAAAAUUCUGCAAUGAUGGCAGCUGGGAGGGGAUCAAGAAGAACCUGGGGGCAUAAAAGUGAGCCAGCUUCCAACCCACCAGGUCUCAAGAGGUGGCCUGAAACAGCACCCAUGAAGGACAUGACAGACACCCAAGAUCUCCAAACACAAGAUCUUACCAAAGAACCAAGGAAUGAGAAGGAUAAGACCACUAACCUAUACCGGAGGUCUUUACAAGCAGAGCCAGUCAACAAUCCAAUGAGCACGAACAGAGAGCUCAGGGCAUCUCAGAGGAAAGUGGAUGUGAAAGAAGAGCUCUCAGCAGUCGGGAGGCUGGCACAAACACAAGGGCAAACCGUGCACACACACAAAGAUUCAGUGUCCACAAUGCUUCAGGAAACUCCACGGCAGAAAGUGGACCCAGAAAACUCUGUAACUGGAGGGAAGAGAUGGCCAAGAACAGCUAAGGAAGAGGUCCAGCCCCUGGAAGACCUGUCUGGCUUCAAAGAGCUCUUCCAAACACCAAAACGCAAUGACAAGCCUACAACUGAGGACAAAACUACUAAAAUACCUAGCAAAUCUCCACAGCCAGAACCAGUGAACACCACAAGAAGCAUGAAAAGAUGGCCCAAGACACCUUUGGGGAAAGUAGCUACCGAGGAAGAGCUGGCUGCACUGAGGAAGCUCUCACAAAUGCCAGGAGAAUCCACACACACACCCAAGGUACCAGGUGAGGACAAAGACAUCAGAGCAUUUAAGGAAUGUGCAGAGCAGAAACUGGACCCAGCAACAAGUGUAAAUGGCAGCAGGAAGAGGCCAAGAGCAGCUAAGGAAGAGGCCCAAUCCCUAGAAGACCUGUCUGGCUUCAAAGAGCUCUUCCAAAUGCCAAAACACAAUGACAAGCCCACAACUGAGGACAAAACUACUAAAAUACCCAGCAAAUCUUUACAGUUAGAACAGGUGAACACCCCAAUAGGCACAAAAACACAGUCCAAUAAACCUGUGGGGAAAAUAGCUACAGAGGAAGAGCUGGCUGCACUGAGGAAGCUCUCGCAAACGCCUGGGGAACCCACACACACCACCAAGGUACCAGGUGAGGACAAAGGCAUCAAAGCAUUUAAGGAAAAUGCAGAGCAGAAACUGGACCCAGCAGCAAGUGUAACUGGCAGCAGGAGAAGGCCAAGAGCAGCUAAGGUAGAGGCCCAGCCCCUAGAAGACCUGGCUGGCUUCAAAGAGCUCUUCCAAACGCCAAAACAUGACAAGCCCACAACUGAGGAGAAAACUACUAAAAUACUCAGCAAAUCUUUACAGUCAGAGCCAGUGAACACUCCAACAAGCAUGAAAAGAUGGCCUAAGACACCACUGGUGAAAAUAGCUAUAGAGGAAGAGCACUCAGCACUGAGGAAGCUCUCGCAAACACCAGGGGAACCCACACACACCCCCAAGGUACCUGGUGAGGACAAAGGCAUCAGAGCAUUUAAGGAAUCUGCAGAGCAGAAACUGGACUCAGCAGCAAGUGUAAUUAGCAGCAGGAAGAGGCCAAGAGCAGCUAAGGAAGAGGCCCAAUCCCUAGAAGACCUGUCUGGCUUCAAAGAACUCUUCCAAACACCAAAACACAAUGACAAGCCCACAACUGAGGACAAAACUACUAAAAUACCCUGCACAUCUCCACAGCCAGAGCCAGCGAACACCCCAAUAGGCAUGAAAAGAUGGCCCAAGACACCUUUGGGGAAAAUGACUGUAGAGGAAGAGCUGUCUGCAGCAAGGAAGCUGUCGCAAACAGCAGGAGAACCCACACACACCCCCAAGGUACCAGGUGAAGACAAAGGCAUCAGAGCAUUCAAACAAUCUGCAGAGCAGAAACUGGGCCCAGCAGCAAGUGUAACUGGCAGCAGGAAGAGGCCAAGAGCAGCUGAGGAAGAGGCCCAAUCCCUAGAAGACCUGUCUGGCUUCAAAGAGCUCUUCCAAACACCAGGUCACACUGAGAAGUCAAUGACUCAUGGCAAAACCACUAGACUAUCUUGCACGUGUCCACAACCAGGACCAGUGGCCACCCCAGUAAGCAUGAAGAGACAGCCCAACACAAGUCUCGGGAAAGCAGAUGUGGAGGGAGAAUUUUUCGUACUCAGGAAACUAACGCCAUCAUCAGGCAAAGCCAUGCACACACCCAAACCACUGGUACAUGAUGAGAAAGGCAUGAGAGCCUUUAGGGGGACUCCAAAGCAUAGAUGGGACCUGGCAGAAGAUUUAACUGGACACAAGAGGAGGCCAAGAACCCCUAAGGAAGAGGCCCAGGCCCUAGAAGACCUGUCUGGCUUCAAAGAGCUCUUCCAAACACCAGGCCACACUGAGCAAUCAAUGACUGUUGACAAAAGCACAAAAAUACCCUGGAAAUCUUUACAACCAGCAGCAAGCAACACUCCAACGAGCGCGAACAGACCGCUCCGGAUAUCUCAGGGGAAAGUGGAUGCAAAAGAAGAGCUCUCUGCAGUCGGGAGGCUCACACAAACACGAGGGCAAACAGUGCACACACACAGAGAACCAGUGUCUCAAGGUAAAGGCACCACAAUGCUUGAGGAAACUCCACGGCAGAAAGUGGACCCAGAAAACUCUGUAACCGGAGGGAAGAGAUGGCCAAGAGCAGCUAAGGAAGAGGCCCAGCCCCUGGAAGACCUGUCUGGCUUCAAAGAGCUCUUCCAAACACCAGGUCACACUGAGAAGUCAAUGACUCAUGGCAAAACCACUAGACUACCUUGCACGUGUCCACAACCAGGACCAGUGGCCACCCCAGUAAGCAUGAAGAGACAGCCCAACACAAGUCUCGGGAAAGCAGAUGUGGAGGGAGAAUUUUUCGUACUCAGGAAACUAACGCCAUCAUCAGGCAAAGCCAUGCACACACCCAAACCACUGGUACAUGAUGAGAAAGGCAUGAGAGCCUUUAGGGGGACUCUAAAGCAUAGAUGGGACCUGGCAGAAGAUUUAACUAGACAUAAGAGGAGGCCAAGAACCCCUAAGGAAGAGGCCCAGGGCCUAGAAGACCUGUCUGGCUUCAAAGAGCUCUUCCAAACACCAGGCCACACUGAGCAAUCAAUGACUGUUGACAAAAGCACAAAAACACUCUGGAAAUCUUUCCAACCAGCAGUAAGCAACACUCCAACAAGCAUGAACAGACCGCUCCAGAUAUCUCAGGGGAAAGUGGAUAUGAAAGAAGAGCUCUCAGCAGUCGGGAGGCUCACACAAACACGAGGGCAAACAGUGCACACACACAGAGAACCAGUGUCUCAAGGUAAAGGCACCACAAUGCUUCAGGAAACUCCACGGCAGAAAGUGGACCCAGAAAACUCUGUAACUGGAGGGAAGAGAUGGCCAAGAGCAGCUAAGGAAGAGGUCCAAUCUCUAGAAGACCUUUCUGGCUUCAAAGAGCUCUUCCAAACACCAAAACACAAUGACAAGCCCACCACUGAGGACAAAACUACUAAAAUAUCCUGCACAUCUCCACAGCCAGAACCAGCGAACACCCCAAUAGGCAUGAAAAGAUGGCCCAAGACACCUUUGGGGAAAAUGACUGUAGAGGAAGAGCUGUCUGCAGCAAGGAAGCUGUCGCAAACAGCAGGAGAACCCACACACACCCCCAAGGUACCAGGUGAAGACAAAGGCAUCAGAGCAUUCAAACAAUCUGCAGAGCAGAAACUGGGCCCAGCAGCAAGUGUAACUGGCAGCAGGAAGAGGCCAAGAGCAGCUGAGGAAGAGGCCCAAUCCCUAGAAGACCUGUCUGGCUUCAAAGAGCUCUUCCAAACACCAGGUCACACUGAGAAGUCAAUGACUCAUGGCAAAACCACUAGACUAUCUUGCACGUGUCCACAACCAGGACCAGUGGCCACCCCAGUAAGCAUGAAGAGACAGCCCAACACAAGUCUCAGGAAAGCAGAUGUGGAGGGAGAAUUUUUCGUACUCAGGAAACUAACGCCAUCAUCAGGCAAAGCCAUGCACACACCCAAACCACUGGUACAUGAUGAGAAAGGCAUGAGAGCCUUUAGGGGGACUCCAAAGCAUAGAUGGGACCUGGCAGAAGAUUUAACUGGACACAAGAGGAGGCCAAGAACCCCUAAGGAAGAGGCCCAGGGCCUAGAAGACCUGUCUGGCUUCAAAGAGCUCUUCCAAACACCAGGCCACACUGAGCAAUCAAUGACUAUUGACAAAAGCACAAAAAUACCCUGGAAAUCUUUACAACCAGCAGCAAGCAACACUCCAACGAGCGCGAACAGACCGCUCCGGAUAUCUCAGGGGAAAGUGGAUGCAAAAGAAGAGCUCUCUGCAGUCGGGAGGCUCACACAAACACGAGGGCAAACAGUGCACACACACAGAGAACCAGUGUCUCAAGGUAAAGGCACCACAAUGCUUGAGGAAACUCCACGGCAGAAAGUGGACCCAGAAAACUCUGUAACCGGAGGGAAGAGAUGGCCAAGAGCAGCUAAGGAAGAGGCCCAGCCCCUGGAAGACCUGUCUGGCUUCAAAGAGCUCUUCCAAACACCAAAACGCAAUGACAAGCCCACAACUGAGGACAAAACUACUAAAAUACCUAGCAAAUCUCCACAGCCAGAACCAGUGAACACCACAAGAAGCAUGAAAAGAUGGCCCAAGACACCUUUGGGGAAAGUAGCUACCGAGGAAGAGCUGGCUGCACUGAGGAAGCUCUCACAAAUGCCAGGAGAAUCCACACACACACCCAAGGUACCAGGUGAGGACAAAGACAUCAGAGCAUUUAAGGAAUGUGCAGAGCAGAAACUGGACCCAGCAACAAGUGUAAAUGGUAGCAGGAAGAGGCCAAGAGCAGCUAAGGAAGAGGCCCAAUCCCUAGAAGACCUGUCUGACUUCAAAGAGCUCUUCCAAGUGCCAAAACACAAUGACAAGCCCACAACUGAGGACAAAACUACUAAAAUACCCAGCAAAUCUUUACAGUUAGAACAGGUGAACACCCCAAUAGGCACAAAAACACAGUCCAAUAAACCUGUGGGGAAAAUAGCUACAGAGGAAGAGCUGGCUGCACUGAGGAAGCUCUCGCAAACGCCUGGGGAACCCACGCACACCACCAAGGUACCAGGUGAGGACAAAGGCAUCAAAGCAUUUAAGGAAAAUGCAGAGCAGAAACUGGACCCAGCAGCAAGUGUAGCUGGCAGCAUAAGGCCAAGAGCAGCUAAGGAAGAGGCUCAGCCCCUAGAAGACCUGGCUGGCUUCAAAGAGCUCUUCCAAACGCCAAAACAUGACAAGCCCACAACUGAAGACAAAACUAAUAUACCCAGCAAAUCUUUACAGUCAGAACAGGUGAACACCCCAAUAGGCACAAAAACACAGUCCAAUAAACCUGUGGGGAAAAUAGCUACAGAGGAAGAGUUGGCUGCACUGAGGAAGCUCUCGCAAACACCAGAGGAACCCACACACACACCCAAGGUACCAGGUGAGGACAAAGACAUCAAAACAUUUAAGGAAUAUGCAGAGCAAAAACUGGACCCAGCAGCAAGUGUAACUGGCAGCAGGAGAAGGCCAAGAGCAGCUAAGGGAGAGGCCCAGCCCCUAGAAGACCUGGCUGGCUUCAAAAAGCUCUUCCAAAUACCAGGUCAUACUCAGGAGUCAAUGACUGUUAGCAAAAACACAAAAGUGCCCUGCACAACUCUACAGCCAGAACCAGUGGACACCACAGUAAGCACAAGGAGACGGCCUAAGACAGGUCUCAGGGAAGUGUCUGCACUGAGGAAGUCCAGAGAAACCUCAGGGGAAUCCACACACAUGCACGAAGUUCCAGUAGGUGAGGACAAAGGCAUCAAAGCAUUUAAGGAAUCUGCGGAGCAGAAACUGGAUCCAGCAGCAAGUGUAACUGGCAGCAGGAGAAGGCCAAGGGCAGCUAAGGGAGAGGCCCAGCCCCUAGAAGACCUGGCUGGCUUCAAAAAGCCCUUGCAAACACCAGGUCACACUGAGGAGUCAAUGACUGUUAGCAAAAACACAAAAGUGCCCUGCACAACUCUACAGCCAGAACCAGUGGACACCACAGUAAGCACAAGGAGACGGCCUAAGACAGGUCUCAGGGAAGUGUCUGCACUGAGGAAGCCCAGAGAAACCUCAGGGGAAUCCACACACAUGCACGAAGUUCCAGUAGGUGAGGACAAAGGCAUCAAAGCGUUCAAGGAAUCUGCGGAGCAGAAACUGGAUCCAGCAGCAAGUGUAACUGGCAGCAGGAGAAGGCCAAGGGCAGCUAAGGAAAAAGCCCAGCCCCUGGAAGACCUGGCUGGCUUCAGAAAGCCCUUGCAAACACCAGGUCACACUGAGGAGUCAAUGACUGUUGACAAAAGCACAAAAAUGUCCUGCACUUCUCCACAGCCAGAGCCAGUGAAUACUGUGGUGAGCACAACGGGAUGGCCCAAGAGAAGUCUCAGGAAAGUCUCUGCACUGAGGAAGCUCACACAAACAUCAGGGGAAUCCACACACACGCAUGAAGUUCUAGUAGUCGAGGACAAAGGCAUCAACGUGUUUAAGCAAUCUGCAGAGCAGAAACUGGACCUGGCAGCAAGUGUAACUGGCAGCAGGAGAAGGCCAAGAGCAGCUAAGGAAAAAGCCCAGCCCCAGGAAGACCUGGCUGGCUUCAGAAAGCCCUUCCAAACACCAGCUCACACUGAGGAAUCGAUGACCAAUGUUAAAAACACUAGGUCCCCACUACCAGCACCAGUGGACACCACAGCGAGCAUGAAGGGACAGCCCAAGGGAAGUCUCAGGAAAGUCUCUGCACUGCAGAACCUCACGCAAACAUCAGGGAAAACCACACCCACAUCCACAGAACCCCAAGGUGAGGAUAAACACAUCAGAGUGGCUAAACAAUCUGGAAAGCAGAAAUCGGACCCAGCAGAAAAUGUAAAUGGCAGCAAGAGGCAGCCAAGAGCAGCUAAGGAAGAAGCCGAAGCCCUAGAAGUUCUGGCCCACUUCAAAGAGCUCGUCCCAGCUCCAGGUCAACCUGGGGAAUCAAGAAACAAUGCCGAGAGCCUCAAGACCACUCCAAAGCAUCCCCCUGACAGCAGGGAACCUCUGAAAACAUUCAGGAGGGUCCUUAGGGUCCCUAAAGUACAACCCAUGGAAGACACGGUGGGCACCAGAGACCCUAUAAAAUCGCAGAGCAAAAGCAACACUGCCCUGACCUCCAAGAGGAAGUGCAGAAAAGAUGACAGUGUCUCGGGAACCAAGAGGCUGCGCUGCAUGACUGCCACAGAGGGAGCUGUAGGGGAGGAGCCAGCCAGCAAGAAACAGAGGUCCAGGCCCAGGGAGAAACGCACACCACCUGAACCCUUGGCAGUAGUGAAGAAAAGUCUGGGAACUUCUGCAAAGAGCAUGGAACCCAUGGAAGAUCUGAACAGCAACAAUGUGAAAACUAAGAAAAAAGAACACGAAGUUGAAGGCUUGGUCAUUCCAAAUAAGGGAAUAUCCCUGCGCCCCAGACGCCAAAAUAAAACUGAUACAGAGCAGCAAAAAGCUGAGGUUCCUAUAGCAGCAGAAAAAAUUAAAAUAAAGAGAAAUGAAAAGAAGUCUGUGAAGACCUCCCAAGAGUUGGAGAUUGAAAACCCAGGUGAUGGGGCCAAGGAACCCACAGCAAGGGGCAAAGUCAGUGAAAGCAGAGUGUGCUCGAGAUCCCUCCGGCAGAGUAAGAGCUCCCAGCCCAGCACAGCACAGGAGGAGGGAGCCAUGGAGGGUGUGGGAACCCACACACAGAACCAGAGAGAGAAAGGAGUAAGAGGAAAUUCAGACUUCAUGCGCUUGAGGUCAAGGAAGAUUACAAUCCAGCCAGCAGUAAACUUGCUGGAGAGCAAACCUGAGCAGAGAGCAACCCGGGCUGUCAAGAGAUGUGCAGAAAAGCCAAAGGAGGGUAAAGACAUUGUAUACAUCAAGAAAACAAGAACCAGAAGUCAGCGGGACAGUGAAGAUAUUUAGCCAAGAAAUUUAAGUGGAAAAAAAUAUAAUAAAAUUAGUUUUGUGAUAA